CCCACGGUAUCGUUGCCGGGCAACACAAACCCCACUGCCGCCCGGCUCUGUGCUCGGGGGAAUGUUGGGCUUCCAUGAUUAGCUUCUGAGGCACGGUGCAAAUGGCGGCUGCGACAAACUUUGCGCCGCCAAAUGGAAGAUCGAUGAGUGACAUUAGAAACAAUUCUGGUAGAAUAUCUUCAGUUCGGAACACCAAAUUAUGUGUAACAAAAUGUUCUGAGGAAAAGGAACCUGGAGAAGGGAAUGCACAGAUUUAUGACAAGCCAAAUGCCUUUCGUGGAUUACAAUUUCCAAACUUGGUGGAUCUUCGACAAGUCACAGUUAUUCCAAAAGCAGAAUGGCAACGUAUCCAGGAUGAUUUGAAUGGAAUAAAUAAAGAAGCUGAAUUUUUACGAACUCUGAAGGAAGAAAGGGAAGCUUUACAUUUACAAUCUAAAGAAAUAACUAAGCACUGGACAAACACCAUUACAGGUCACAGACAAAGAAGACUUGAUGCAGGAAAACAACGUAAAGAAAAGGAAGAAGAGGAUAGGAGACAAAUAGAUUUAGAAGAGGCAAAAUAUAUGGAACAGAAAAGAAAAGAACAUCUGGAACGGGCUGAAACUCUGCUUUUCUAUCAAACUGAUAGAGUGAAAGGAUUUAAUGCUGCACUGAUGCUCACUGAAACGCUUAAAGAGCGAGAAGCCCAGAUUGAAUUGAACCGGAAAAGGGAACAUCUUCUUAAAAGUCAAGAAAAACAAUUUGUGGAGGAAAUGCAACGCCAAAGGUACACAAGUGAGGAUAGAGAGUAUCAAAAUAUGCUAAAACAGAAAGAACAGAGAAAAGCUCUUUCUGAUUUCCAUCAGCAACAGAUAAAAGAACAGGAACAACUAAGAAAACAAGAGAAGCAACAAGAUAUAAUGGAAGGAAGAGAAAUCAAGAAAUUGGCGCAGUUGUACAAAUGGGAACUUAGUAAAAUUGAAGAACUAAAAAAGCAAGAAAAAUAUAACAAUAAGAUCAACCAAAUGGCACAUGUUGAGAACAAUAAUAUAAUUAAAGCACUAGAAAAGCAAAAAGAAGAAUUACAAGAUGAAGAUAUCAGGUUAUAUGUUUCAGCAAAACAAAAAAUGAUGAAGCUUAGGAAAGAAAGACAAGCAGAAAUUGACAAGGAGAAGGAAGAUCAAAGAAACAGGAUGUUGAAAAUAAUAAGUGAACAAAUGAGAGAGGAAGCACGAGAUGAAACAGACCGCAUUAAGAAAGCAGCAGCAGAAAAGGAGGCUGCAAGAGAGAUGGAAAUAAAGAAAAAAAAAGAAAAAUUAGUGGCAGAUAUGAAGGCAAUUGAAGAACACAGAACUAUGAUGCUGAAAGAACAUGAGGAGAAGGAAAAAGAAGAAAAAUUACAAGCAAUUGAAACCCUUCAUGCCAAAUUGGAAGCAGAUUAUAUGCAUAAUGAAAAGGAAAAAAAGAAAAAGCUUAAGAAUCUGGAAGAAGGCAGAAACAUACAAUCUUUCCUUGUUGAACAAAUGGCUGAAAAGAAAGCAAAGACACUAGGUGAGCGUGCAGAUGAACUGGAACACGAACAAAAAACCAUGGCUCUGCUUGAAGUGGAAAAGAAGAAAUUUGAAAAGUAUGCACAGGAAGUUAUUAAUACAGCUUCAAAAAAAGGGCAAAAUGUUUAUCCACUUCUUAAGACUGCCCACCAGGGCAUUGGUGGUGGGCAUGGUCCUGUGUUCAAAGAAAAAGGUGGAAUUAGACCAAGUUACCAAGUCCAGGAUGCCUCAGGGAUUCAGCUUCCAAAUUAUAAAAGCAACACAACAGAAAUGAUUAAAAAGUUAUAUGACAACUGCGAUAUUGAGAAAUCCAAAAAAUCAUUAGGGUUUAUAUGGUGAAUGCUUUGGAAAUUAUAACUGACAAAUUGAUUGCAUCACUUUUACAAGCAUCUUACAUUAAAUUGCCAACAUUAAUCUCCAUAAUCAUCUUCACAAUAACCAUGUACUUAAGUAUUUGAUUGCAUGUAUUAUGAAAUUAACAAUGUUUGGAUAGUUAUGUUGUGAAUUUGAGAGAUUCAAAUAAAUAUCAAACAAUGAAACAAGUAUAGAACUUUUCUACUG